AUGGACGACCAGCAGACCAAGAUCUAUGUGCCUGACGCUGACGUGAGCUGGGUGGAGGCUGUGAUUACCAAGGGCCAUAUUGUGAACGAGGCAACGGUGGAGGUGAUGAUUGAGGGCGACUCGACCGAGGAGUGCACCGACCGGCAGCCUGAAGCCGGCUCGAUCCGCCAAAUCGACAAGUCGACCAUGUUGUUGCAAAACGCGCUGGCGUCGGACGAUGGCUGUCCUGAUAUGGUGAGCCUCAACUAUCUCCACGAGCCUGCCAUUCUGUUCAAUCUCAAGCACCGGUUCUUCAAACGGAUACCUUACACCUACACUGGUGCCAUCUGUAUUGCCGUGAACCCCUACUCGUGGCUUGAUAUCUAUACAAAGGAGCUCCAGGAGCAAUAUCUGGAUCGUGAUCGAAGUGAACUGCCGCCUCAUGUGUAUGCCACGAGUGCAGGAGCGUUCCAGCACAUGCGCGUGUUUGGCGAAAACCAGAGUAUCUUGGUAAGUGGUGAGUCCGGAGCUGGUAAAACGGAGACAACCAAGAUCUUGAUGUCCCACUUGGCGUCGGCCGGCAGCCACUCGACGUCAGAUGCUCGAGUCAAGGAGGCCGACAUUAUCGAGCGCGUGCUGGACGCCAACCCGCUUAUGGAGUCUUUUGGUAAUGCCAAGACAUCGCGCAACGAUAACUCGAGUCGAUUCGGUAAAUUUUCCGAGCUACAAUUUAAUACACUGGGACAGCUCAUAGGUGCUCGCUCCCGGACGUAUCUGCUGGAAAAGUCACGUGUGUCGCUGCAAGGAUUGGGUGAGCGCAAUUACCACAUAUUCUACCAGCUGCUGGCUGCUCCAGAAGAUGUGACAACGGAAGUGAUGGUCACGGGUAUGCAGGCCAAGGAUUUUCCCUUCAUCAAGCCGCACGAGGAAGACUUGAUUGACGUCAGUGUUGGAUUGAAAGAUGCCGAGCGUUUUCAGCAGACAGUGUCGUGUCUGGAGACCAUGGGCGUGUCUAAGGAGGACCAGAUGAGCAUUUAUAAGGUCGUAGCAGCUAUUUUGCACCUGUCACGAUUGCAGUUCGAGCAGACUCCAGGUAAUGAUGACGCAUCUCAAUUGAUGGACACACCCGAUAACCAGCAAGCAAGCAAGAUGGUGUCGCAAUUACUGGAGCUAGAUGACGAUCAGUUGCACACUGCCCUCUGCACGCGCGAGAUGACGGCAGUCAUGGAAACGUACGAGGUGCCGUUGAACGUUUCGCAAGCCGAGGGUGCGCGUACAGCACUUGGCGUUGCUCUGUACUCGCACAUGUUCUCGUGGUUGAUUCACCGCGUGAACAUAUCGACAAGUGCUCCGCACGCAGACGUGACGCACAAGAUUUGUAUUCUUGACAUUUUCGGCUUUGAGAUUUUCGAGAAGAAUUCAUUUGAGCAGUUGUGCAUUAACUACGCAAACGAGAAGCUCCAGCAAAAGUUCACGCAGGAUGUGUUCAAGUCUAUUCAGCAGGAGUACGAAGAGGAGGGCAUUCCGUGGACGCGCAUUGAGUUUGCUGAUAAUGUGAACGUGCUGUCACUGCUCGAGGGUCGUUUUGGCGUGCUGUCGUUGCUGAAUGAGGAGUGCAUGCGCCCCAAAGGUAGCGACGCUGCGUUUGCGAACAAGCUUAAGGCGCACUACAGCGACAAUGAUCGCUUCGAGUGCCCGCGUUUCGCACGCGAUGCUUUUGUGAUCAAGCACUACGCCGGUCCCGUGCAGUACGAUACGAGUGGUUUCUUGAUCAAAAAUACGGAUGCACUGCAGAAUGAUCUAAUUCUGCUUAUCACGAAGUCGAAGGCACCGUUUCUGAAGAAGUUGUUCCCAGAGGAGCACGUGGGCGAUGCAAUGACCGGUUUGCCUGGUACAAAUGCAGCUGCUGCUGCAAAUGCAUUGCGUGGACGUCCCGGUCUGAAGCGCAAGAAUUCGAUUGUCGCGGACACGGUUGGUACGCAAUUCAAAAGCCAGCUGAAUGGACUUAUGGAGGAUAUUCGUCGCACGAACGUGCACUACAUCCGGUGCAUCAAACCCAAUGGAAAGAAAAGCUCGCAGCUUUUUAACAAGCUGCGUGUGACAGAACAGCUGCAGUGUGCUGGUGUCGUGGAGGCUGUUCGUAUCAGCCGCAUGGCAUACCCCAACCGUGUGUUGCAGACAAUGUUUCUCGAACGUUUUCGCGGCGUAGCAUCGACUGCGACAGUCGAUGGCAAGCCCUCGACCCUUGCUGUGCUUACUGCCACUGUCGACGAGAACCCAACAGAUGAGGCGAAGACGGCUGCCGCUGUCCAUGAGUUGCUUGCAAACCACCUGAUGCCAGGCAAGGAGAGUGAGUACCAGGUUGGCAAGACACGAGUGUUUUUUCGCCAAGGCGCACUUGAAGCUCUUGAAGAGCUGCGCACACGCAAAUUUAAUGCCGCUGCUGUGGUAUUGCAGCGGUACGCCAAGAAGUGGAUGGCGAUGGCGAUGUUCCAAAAAGUCAAAGAGGCAACCAUCGUGGCGCAAAAGGUGUACCGAGGGCACCGAGCAGCUACGCUGUACAAGAAGCAGCGCAAGGCUGCUGUCACAGUGCAGAAGUGUGUGCGCAGGCAUCGUGCACAGCAACUCCUGAUUUGCAUGCGCGAGAAAUAUCGUGCAACGCAGAUCCAGAACGUUUGCAAGAUGUUUGUUGUCCGUCGUAAGUAUCUCGUCAAGACGAAGGCGAUCCGUACGAUGCAGAGCGUUGUGCGCAUGUACUUGGCCGUCAAGGCAUGCUCAGUGCUGCAGAAGCAGGCAAAGGAAGACGCAAAGCUAGAGAAUCAGAUCCAAUUGCUGAAGAAGCGUCUGCAACAGGAACGUGAAGCACGCAUCGAGCUUGAACAGCAGGCGCAACAUGGCAGCCGUUCUUCCGUUCACAUGCGUAGCGAGGAGGCCCUUGAGGAUGCCGAUCUUGUGAUUGACCAGUUGCGACGCGAAAAUGCUGCUUUCAAGGAGGCCAACACGAACUUGAAGGCGUAUGGAGUUCAGCUUCGCAAGGAAAAAGAAGUGAUGGAGCGCGGUGCAUAUGUGAACGGUGCAUCGUUUGCUGCUGCCAACCAGCGUGCAAUGAAGCUGCAGGACGAGAAUGAGGCGCUGAAGAGCGAGCUUGCGCGCUACAAGACGGGUCAUCGCAACCUGAAGGCGCAGCACGCUGGUGUGAUGGAGAAGAUUACGCUGAUGCAGAGCUCGUUGAGUGAGGCGCUAGGCGAACGCCAGGCGCUCCGCCACACGGUAGACCACUUGAAGCAGCAUACCGAUCACCUGCAGGGUGAAAACAUGGCGUUGGCAAAGGCGAACGCUCGUCUUCGUUUGAUCUUGCGCCAAGACCCGGAACUGAGCCGUAAACAUCGCGAAGAGGUUCCUCGUUUGACGAAGCUGGCACUGUCUUCGAAGCAGUCACAGCCCAAGGUGGUAGUGGCCAAGACGGCUGUCCUACCACCGUCCCAGGCGAUUGAGCUCUCGGAGCCUGUCCCGGGCAUGCGCAUGUCGCUCUCAACGCCGCAGCCGCCUGCUCCUCCUGCGGAGUCUAGCCCAGCUACAAGUCAGCUAUCGGCCACUCCGAUCAAGCGCGCCAACACGUUAUCGACGAAGAAGCUGUCUCACGAGAGCUCCAAGUCGUCUCGCGUUGUUAACAUUCGUGACAACUCUACUGCUGGUCCGGAAGACGAACCUGCUGUUAUAAUGUCGCCUACGGACGAGGUGGUUGGCGAGCGUCUGUCGUUUGCCGAAGUCAUCAAAGGCCGUGAGCGCCGUUCUUCGUCAGUAUCGAGCACGGGUUCGUCUGGUGGAAAUCCUGUCGCAACCGUUAGUGCUGGUGGUCCAUCCAAAAGUACGGGUAUUCGCCAGCCGACGGGUGAAGACGGACCCCUUGAAGCACCUGGGAAGGUCAUGGGAAUUGUCAUGGAAGGUGAGCCUGAGGACAGCAGCGAUCGCGUGAGCUUUAGCGUGACGCUUGGAGUGGACAUUCUCGAGGAUACAAAGCAACAGCUGCAGCUGCAGCAGCAGCAACAACAGCGUACAUUUGUUCCUGGCACGGCAAGGGCGGCAAACGGCACGAGCAAGUCAAAGGGCCGCUCACGUCGCGGGUCGUAUGACCGACUGGACACUUUCAGCAACGGCGAGACCAGGCGCAGCACUUCUUCACGACAGUCGUUUACGGGCAGCAUCGAAGGUGGACGCUCGUCGUACGACCGCAAUGAGUCGUACGGUGGAAACUCUUCGCUUCGGCAGUCGCUCACGGGCGGUAAUCACCACAACGCUGGCAACCGUGGUCGCUCUCGUCGUGGGUCAUACGACCGCAAUAGCGGGCACAAGAGUCGGCAAACCAGCGACACGAUGAGCAAUGCAAGCAACGGCAGUGGUGGCAAUGGUGGCAAGCGUAUUGAACUUUGA